AUGUACUCCAACAUUUUUAAAGUCUCUUUAGCUUCCGCUUUCCUUUUGGCAUCUGAUGCUUUUCCUUUGAAUAAAACUGAUGCUAGUAUUGAGGUCGGUGCUGGUUUAGGUGCUAGUGUUAGCGGUCUUGAUGCUACCUCUAUCAUUGGUGAAGCUACUUCUAUUGUUGGCACUGUCUACAGUGAAGCUACCUCUAUCAUCGGCAGCUUCACUGAGCUCACUACUAUUGUUGGUGGUUCUGAAGGAGCCACUACUAUUAUUGGUGGUGUUGAGGGAGCCACUACUAUUAUUGGUGGUGUUGAAGGAGACAUUGGUGUUGACGGAGCUCUUACUGAAAUUAUUGGUGAUGUCACUACCGUUGUUGGUAUCGCCACCUCUGCCGCUGGUGUUGUUACCUCUGCCGCUGGUGUUGUGACUUCCGCUGCUGGUGUCGUCACCUCUGCUGCUGGUGUUGUUACAUCUGUUGCCGGUGUCGGUACUUCUAUCCUUGGACAAGGUACUUCUUUUAUUGGUGAUGAAGUUAGUGAUGUUCUUGAUGGUAACCUUGGUGGUGCUCUUGCUGGUGUUGGUAAUGAAGUCACUGUUGCUGUUGGUGAUGUCACUACUGUUGCUGGUGUUGUUACAUCUGCCGCUGGUGUUGUUACCUCUGCCGCUGGUGUUGUUACUUCUGCUGCUGGUGUUGUUACCUCUGCUGCCGGUGUUGUUACCUCUGCUGCCGGUGUUGGCACUUCCAUCGUCGGGCAAGGUACUGGUCUUAUCGGAGAACUUGUUCCAACUGGUGGUCUUCUCUAA